AUGUGGCGCAUCAGCACUGGGUGGAGGGCCACAACCCUCGCUGGGCCCUUGGGCCCCUGCUGGCCAGUGCCACCCCGACCCACAAUUUGCACUAAUUUACUGCAGGCUGGAGUGCGGCGUGCGGGAGCUGUCCCCCGCCGCGGCGCUGUUAGACGCGGCGGUGGCCCAAGUGCUGGGGAGCGCCGUUUGCAGCUGCGGGAGCUCAAGCAGGCCUACGUUUUCAGCACGUUGCUGGCUAAGAAGACUCGGGACAUCUUUACUGAGUACUUCAGCACACCUCCUGACCCGGGUCCCCGCUCACUGCUGGGCUUCUUCUGGCUGCUCUUCUGCACCGCGCGCGCCGCGCUGCUGCCGCCACAGGCCGACCUGGUGACCAGCUUUGCGCUGCUGCUAGCCUGCACGCACUUCAUGCUGCGCAACAUGCCUCGCCAGCACCUGAGGCAUGCUGAGCAGCAGCAGCAGGCGGCAGAUGCGCUGCUGGCAGCGGUGGCAGCCAGCCACAGCGCGGCGGAACACGCGGCCACGGUGCGCCAGCUGGCAGGCCUGCUCCAGCUGCUGCUGGCGCAGGUGCUGCAGCCCUCGAUUGCGGCUGUGCCCGUAGCAGCGCAGGACGCCCAGCAGCAGCAGCAGCAGGCCAUGGCUGCCACAGCAGCCACCCACACCGGCGCCGGCGCCCCAGCCGGCGCCAGGGAUGCUGCCGCCGGCUCCGCGCCAGCCGCCGAGGCGCAGACGCAUGCGCCUCCCGCGGCAGCAGCCGCAGCGCAGGCCACCGCGGCCGAGGCGGAGGCAGCGGCAGCACCAGAGGCGCAGGCGGGGGCAGGAGCCACCCGUGUGGAUGUGGAUGCGGCGACGAUCCCGGAGGCUGCAUCGGCGGCGGCGGCAGCAGCCGGCGAGGAGGAGCCGGAGUCGCCUUGCGCCCGCCAGCACACCCAGGCCGUCAACUCCACGCCGCUGAGGCGCCCCCGUGCUCUGCACCUCACCGCCACCGAGCCCGCGAGAGGGUGCUCAGCGGCCACCGGCGUCGACAGCUCAGCGCACGACGAUGCAUCCUACCACACGCCCUCGCCCGCCAGCCAGCGCCAGCUGCCCCCGCCGCUGGCCCCGCAACCCACGCCCAUCACAGCUGCGAUGAGCUCUGCCGCAUGGCUGCAAGGGACGGUGGCCGGGCAGGCCGAGGGGCCUCCACCACGGCUGCGUGCCGCCGCCCGUCAGCGGCAGCAGGCGCGCCACGCAGCGCAGCAGCCCCGCCGGCUCCACAAACGCAGCCUGCUCGGGGGAGCGCUCUGCGGGAGGGACCUGCUGCACACGCUGCAGGCGCUGCAGGAAGAAUUCAGUGCCGGCAGCCUUAGCGCCGAGCCUGCGGUCGGUGAGGAGCGGGGCAGGCAUGCGUCGGUGACAGCCGUGGACAGCGGCCUGCGCUGUCAUGCGCUGCACCAGAGAGAAGCCACCAUGCGCUGGCUCACCGUCCACAGCUGGCGGUAG